AUGGCUGAACAUCCAAAUGAGCGACCAGCUGACCACAUAAUCAGAGUCAAACUGCGUUUCUGUCGCUUUUUCCCUCUGUUCUGUCCAAUUAAAAUUCUUUCUUUCUUUCUUUCUUUCUUUCUUUCUUUCCGUUAUCAACUCUUAGUACUUUUAAAUAAUUUUCUUGCUUUCUUUAUUUUUACUCUUUCUUUCUUUCUUUCUUUCUUUCUUUCUUUCUUUCUUUCUUUCUUUCUUUCUUUAUUUCUUUCUUUUCUUUCUUUCUUUAUGAAAUUUUAUUUUCUUUCUUUUUUUAUGAAAUCUUAUCCUUUUCUUUUUUCCAUUCUUAACUUGUUUUCGCUUUCUUUCUCUUUAGUUUUCUUAUCUUUAUUUCUUUUCUUUUUUCCUGUAUUUUCAAUAUUUUUCUUCCAUUCUCUUUACCUUUUUCAUUUCUUUUCUUUCUUUCAUUCUUUCUUUCUUUUCUUUCUUUCAUUCUUUCUUUCUUUCCUUUAUGAUCUCUUGUGUAACUUAUCUUCGCUGUCUUCUCUUUUGCUUUUCUUUUCUUUAUAUCCUUUUAUUUCCUUUUCCUUACACUUGGAUCCUUCCUUCCUCUCAACAUUCGCAUAUGUGUCUCUCUGUUAUUUCUCCAUGAUAUCUUCCCCCUCACUCUCUCUAUAUUCCACUUCUCACAUUUUCUCUUUCGUUCCGUCAGGUAUCACACUCACACUACUCCGCAUUUCAUUAUCUACCUUUUCUAUCUCACCAUUGUUUUUUCUCUCACACACACACACGCAUUCUCUCUCUCUGUAUCAAUUUUUUCCUUUCUUUCCUCCUUUCUUUUUCCUUUCUUUCCUCCUUUCUUUUUUCUUUCUUUCCUCCUUUCAUUUUCCUUUCUUUCCUCCUUUCUUUUUUCUUUCUUUCCUCCUUUCUUUUUUCUUUCUUUCCUCCUUUCUUUUCCUUUCUUUCCUCCUUUCUUUUUCCUUUCUUUCCUCCUUUCUUUUUCCUUUCUUUCCUCCUUUCUUUUUCCUUUCUUUCUUCUCUGAAACUCUCUCUUUGUGUAUAUUUAUUAUUUUCAGUGCUUUUAUCUCCGCCUAUUUCCUCAUCAUUCUCACAUACGACUUAGCCGCCCACAACCAUAUACCAGCUCCUGCAUUCAUUCCCCACAUUUCCCUCCCCCUCCUAAAAUCAGUCAAUCAUUCAAUCUAUCUAUCUAUCUAUCUAUCUAUCUAUCUAUCUAUCUAUCUAUCUAUGUUUUCCUGUUCAUAUCUAUCUCAGUCUCUGUUCCUCUCUAUCUAUCUAUCUAUCUAUCUAUCUAUCUAUGUUUUCCUAUUCAUAUCUAUCUCAGUCUCUGUUCCUAUCUAUCUAUCUAUCUAUCUAUCUAUCUAUCUAUCUAUGUUAUCCUGUUCAUAUCUGUUUCCUGUUCCUAUCUAUCUAUCUAUCUAUCUAUCUAUCUAUGUUUUCCUGUUCAUAUCUGUUUCCUGUUCGUAUCUAUCUAUCUAUCUAUCUAUCUAUCUAUCUAUCUAUCUAUCUAUCUAUUCCUAUAGAUUAUCUAUCUAUCUAUCUAUCUAUCUAUCUAUCUAUCUAUCUAUCUAUAACAGUUUAGGGCAUUUUCCACCUUUCUUUCUCUCUCUCUUCCGCCCCUCAACCAAGGCAAAUAAAAGACAGAGUAAGGAGAGCACCUCUUCAUAUUUAGACGGACGAGGACAAGCGUAA